CAAGCUGUCAGAAGCUGUAAAUUUCCGCGGGGGACCUGGGCCAAGACGGUUCUUCCUGCUGCGGAGUGCGGGGCUUGAGAGGGGCAGUGCGGGACGCCAUGACAGCGUAUUUUCUCAAACGAACAGUGCGUAGGUCUUCCCGUCAAUUUUCGUGAAAUUAUCACGUACUGAAAGUGCUGAAUCGCAUAGGAAAGUGCAUGUCGUGGCGCGGUUUCCGCGCGAUCCUUCGGCGUUAUUUGGAAAGCAGGUUUUUGCUUGUGGGCAUCGAUGGCGCGGUGAGACGGUGAGACGGAGGAGUCCCCCCUUGCUUCAGUGCAGACCAGAAACGAGAUGCCAGAACCGCCCUGGAGUUCUCUCCACCACAACAGAAAAUGAGGACUGUCUGAAAGGAUUGACAGGUGGUUUUCAUUGAGUGAGCAAAAAUGAAUAGUGAGCAGCAUGCGCUGCCGGCGUCUACGCAGGCACAGCAAGAGGAAGUAAACGCGGUGCAAAGUGGUCGUCCUUCGUAUCCCGGUGGUUUGGCUACGGCAGCCAGUCUUGGAAAUGUAGGGAAUACUCCGCAUUCAUCUGCGGACCUCCGUGUAGGUACAGCAGUAGCCUUAGCGUCCUCGGUAGCUAAAUAUUGGGUCCUGACAAAUCUAUUUCCUGGGCCAAUACCCCAGGUCUCAGUUUACCACCAUCCCCACCAUAACUCCUCGCAUCGAGGCGGUGGUGGUGGAGGAGGAGGAGGAGGAGGAGGAGAAACUCCUUCGAAAGAGUCGCCAUCGACACUGAACCAGGAGAUGGCCUUGACCUCAAGUUCCCAUCAUCAGAACGCAGCCUCGCACCAUCAUCAUCAUCAACCUCCCGUUAGUACCAGCAGUCAUCACAGUUCGUUGCAGGCCAAUACGCAGCAGAUCCCCGUCUCUCUUCCUGGUUUGAAUUUAGACGGAAGUCAUAUUCCGGCGAGUCAUUUGCAAGCGGCGCAUGCCCAGAUGCAGCAGCAAAUGCAGUCACAACAACAACAGUUGCAUCAGCAGCAAUCCCAGCAGCAGCAGCAACAACAACAACAGCAGCAGCAGCAGCAGCAACAACAGGCGCACCAUCAGAUGCAGAAUCACCAGAAUGCCCAGAGUAAUGCACAGGCUGUGCAAAAUCAGAAUUCCCAGAGGGACGACAAGAUUAAGGAUGAGAGUGGAAGCUGUACAACUGAGCGGUGCAGUGACAAUCAAGUGCAUUGUCAAGUACAGUGCGAUCUUCAAUUGCAAGCGCCCCAGGAUUUGCAUCAGAGUCUGAUGCAGCAACAACAGCAGCAGCAGCAACAACAACAACAAAUUAGCGUCAAUAUCAGUGGUUCUGGAGGCGACAGUGGCAACCCGAAUAGUGCUGAGAAAAAUUCAGAUAAGAAGGAGGAUAUGAGACAACAACUUAAUAUGGCCCAGUUCCAAGUUCCGGACUUGAAGCCCGGCGGUCACAUGAUGGAUGUGAGGACAGCUGAUGGCUCAGUGGUGAAAAUCAGUGCUGGAAACGAGCAGGACUUGGCGAAAACGUUGGGGGUCGAGAUGGUGCAAAAUAUGUACAAGGUGAAUGUCGAGGACAUUAAUCAGCUGUUGGCGUAUCAUGAAGUUUUCGGUAAGCUGCAGAGUGAAAUAGCAGCGGGAACGACCUUGGUGGGAGGAACAGUUCCGACGCAGACAGUUACCACAAUUCAGAAUGGCACACCCCUUGUGCAACAGGUUCAGCUAAACAAAUUCGACAUAAAGACGAGUGAUGGUGAGGCCACGCCUGGACCCAGUGGCUCGCCCGUCUCGGUGGGAAGUCACAAUUGUGAUGUGUGUGGCAAGAUUUUCCAGUUUCGGUACCAAUUAAUUGUGCAUCGCCGAUAUCACACGGAGAGAAAACCAUUCACGUGCCAGGUCUGUGGAAAAGCAUUUUCGAACGCGAAUGAUUUAACGCGUCAUGGAAAGUGUCAUUUAGGAGGAUCUAUGUUCACGUGUGCAGUCUGCUUCCACGUUUUUGCCAAUGCACCAUCUUUAGAACGCCAUAUGAAACGCCAUGCUACAGAUAAGCCAUAUAAUUGCACAGUUUGUGGCAAAAGUUUUGCCCGAAAGGAGCAUUUAGACAAUCACACUCGAUGCCACACUGGAGAAACGCCAUACAGAUGUCAAUAUUGUGCGAAGACGUUCACUCGAAAGGAGCACAUGGUGAAUCAUGUUCGAAAACACACGGGCGAGACUCCGCAUCGUUGCGACAUCUGCAAAAAGAGCUUUACGCGAAAAGAGCACUUUAUGAAUCACGUGAUGUGGCACACUGGUGAAACACCUCAUCACUGCCAAGUCUGUGGUAAAAAGUAUACUCGUAAGGAACAUUUGGCCAAUCACAUGCGCUCUCAUACCAACGAUACCCCCUUCCGAUGCGAGAUUUGUGGUAAGUCGUUUACGAGGAAGGAGCACUUCACGAACCACAUAAUGUGGCACACGGGCGAGACACCGCAUCGCUGUGACUUUUGUUCAAAGACGUUUACGCGAAAGGAGCAUCUCCUGAACCACGUUCGACAGCACACGGGUGAGUCUCCACACCGAUGCGGCUUCUGCUCCAAAUCGUUCACCAGAAAGGAACACCUUGUUAACCACAUCCGCCAACACACAGGAGAGACGCCGUUCCGCUGCCAGUACUGUCCGAAAGCAUUUACCCGUAAGGACCAUCUGGUGAACCACGUGAGACAGCAUACGGGCGAGUCGCCGCACAAGUGCCAGUAUUGCACGAAGUCGUUUACGCGGAAGGAGCAUUUGACCAAUCACGUGCGUCAACAUACGGGCGAGUCGCCCCACAGAUGCCACUUUUGCUCGAAGUCCUUUACACGAAAGGAGCACUUGACCAAUCACGUGCGCAUCCACACUGGCGAAUCUCCACACAGAUGUGAAUUCUGCCAGAGGACCUUCACCAGGAAGGAGCAUCUCAAUAAUCAUCUCCGUCAGCACACCGGAGAUUCAUCACAUUGUUGCAAUGUUUGCUCCAAACCCUUCACCCGAAAGGAACAUCUCGUUAAUCAUAUGCGAUGUCACACCGGGGAACGUCCCUUUGUUUGCACCGAGUGCGGCAAAAGUUUCCCAUUGAAGGGCAAUCUGCUCUUCCACAUGCGUUCCCACAACAAGGGAAGCAAUGCCGAGCGACCGUUUCGCUGCGACCUAUGUCCCAAAGAUUUCAUGUGCAAAGGUCACCUGGUCUCGCACAGAAGGUCCCACUCGGACGAGCGACCACACAGUUGUCCCGACUGUGGCAAGACCUUUGUCGAGAAGGGCAAUAUGCUGCGACAUUUGAGGAAGCACGCCGCCGAGGGACCGCCAACCCAAGUCACCACACCCUCGGCAAUUCCCCAGCCUGGAGUUUUGCCCGUUCUCGUUGGCCAUCCACUGGCGCCACCUGCGCCAUCUGUGGUCCCGCAACCUGUCGUUGUGCCCACUCCUCCCGGUGUUCUCGCCUCCUACUAAAAUCAAAUCGUCCCUAUUUGCGAUUUGCAAUUUGCAAUUUCAAUAAUUGACAAUGAAAUUCAUCGUCUUUGUUGAAUUUUGGAGGGCAAGGGAGGGACAAAAAAAGAGUUUAUUCCUCCUUCUAAAGAAAGGCAAAAUCUUGUUUAAAUUCU